AUGCUCGGCCUGCGCAAACGCUGCAGUCGUUUUCUCCGUGAUGGCCUCAGUACGCGUCGCAGUUCGAGUCCGUCCACUAAACAAAAGCCAGCAUCAGUUCGAGGAGAUGAAAAGAACACAAAGAUAUUUACUUAUGACUUCUCAUAUGACUCAACUGACCAAAGUCCCUCGUUUGCAUCUCAGGAGAAGAUAUUCAAUGAUCUGGGGCAAGAUGUCUUAAAAGCUGCAUUUGAAGGUUUCAAUGCCUGUGUGUUUGCCUAUGGCCAAACUGGAUCAGGCAAAUCCUACACCAUGAUGGGUCAUGCUGAAGAAAAAGGCUUAAUCCCACGGAUCUGCGACAGCUUGAUCUCCAAAAUCUCAGAGAGGAACACGAGCAAUGCAGUGUCAUUUCGUACAGAGGUCAGCUUUAUGGAAAUCUACAAUGAACGUGUGUAUGACCUUCUUAAAAAGAGGACUGUCGUCACAGAGAGUGGAGGCUUAAGAGUGCGAGAACACCCGAGGCAUGGACCAUAUGUUGAGAAUCUGACCAAGCAUUUGGUACAUAGCUACAGCGACAUGGAAGAGCUGAUUGCUGCUGGGAACGCCAACCGUAUCACUGCCAGCACACGGAUGAAUGAUUUAAGCAGCCGCUCGCAUGCCAUCUUCUCUAUCAGCUUUUCUCAGACAUGGUUUGAUGCCGAGUUGUCACGCGAGAUGCUGAGUAAGAUCCACCUGGUGGACCUGGCUGGCAGUGAGAGGGCAGACAUCACGCAGACUUCAGGCAUCCGACUAAAGGAGGGCGCCAACAUCAACAAAUCACUCGUCACCCUGGGCACUGUCAUCUCAGCUCUGGCUGAGCUCAGUUUAGAACAACCGACAACCAAAAAGAUGACCUUCAUCCCUUACAGAGACUCUGUUCUUACAUGGCUGCUUAAAGACAGUCUUGGUGGAAACUCCAAGACUACAAUGAUUGCAACCAUUUCCCCAGCUAAUGUGAACUAUGCCGAGACCUUGAGCACAUUGCGCUAUGCCAACCGCGCUCGAAACAUCCUGAACAACCCCACAGUGAAUGAAGACAGCAGUGUGAAGUUGAUCAAGGAUCUCCAGGCAGAGGUUACCAGGCUGAAAAGGCUACUGGAAUCCAAACCGGUGUCUCAUAGAAAGCUGUCUUCUUCUCUGAGAAUGGAAGAGGAGCUGCAUGAAAAUGAAGAAAAGGUCACUCUUCUCCUGCCAAAUGAAUAGCUUGAGGGUGCUUACUGUAUUUGUCAUCCCUUGCAAUCCUUUCC